UUGAAGACUUUUAAGCCAAAGAUAAGCACCUUCCAUGCCCCAUCCUCCACCCACCACUACAAAGUAACCCCACUUCUUUUCUUCUUCUUCUUCUUCUUCUCUCACCACUUUUUCUCAAGAAAAAAAAAGGUUUGCAAAGAAAGUUUCUCUUUUCUUUCUCCCAGAACAGCCUCUAAAUGAUCAAUAUUGAUCAAGAAACAACAGUUAGAGAAAUCAAACCAAAAAGCAGAAGAAUCAUGGGAGGAGGAGGUCCAAACGAUGAUGAUGAUAAAGAGGAUGUGAAGUGGCCACCAUGGCUGCGUCCACUGCUUCAAACAAGCUUUUUUGUUCAAUGCAAGCUCCAUGCUGAUGCUCACAAGAGUGAAUGCAAUAUGUACUGCUUGGAUUGCAUGAAUGGUGCUCUUUGUUCUCUUUGCCUUGCUUAUCACAAAGAACAUAGAGCUAUUCAGAUAAGGAGAUCUUCAUACCAUGAUGUGAUAAGGGUUUCUGAGAUUCAGAAAUUCUUAGACAUAACAGGGAUUCAAACCUACAUUAUCAACAGUGCCAGGAUUGUCUUCUUAAAUGAAAGGCCACAGCCUAGGCCUGGCAAAGGUGUCACCAAUACCUGCCAAGUCUGUGAGCGUAGCCUCCUUGAUUCCUUCAGCUUCUGCUCUCUUGGUUGCAAGAUUGUUGGGACAUCCAAGAACUUCAUCAGGAAAAAGAAAAUGUGCAAGGAAACAGACGGGUCUGAUGCUGAGUCAUUGAGUGGUGUGAACAGUGGGAGUAGGAAGAGCAAAAUACAAAGCUUUACGCCAUCGACGCCGCCGCCAACGGCCGUGAAUUACAGGACAGCCAAGAGGAGGAAGGGAGUUCCUCAUCGAGCUCCAAUGGGAGGACUCAUUAUAGAAUACUAAUACAAAUAAAGUUUCUCUUAUUCUUCUUUACUCAACUGAUAUACACUCUUCCCCCCCUAGCAAUGUCGACAUCUGAGCCCUGUGCACUUUGAGGCCGGUGUUGGAAACUAAAUUAUGCCAAAAUGUAUUGUACAUAGAAAUAGGUAAAAAGACCAAAAAAAAAAAUGAAAAAUGAAAAAAAAAAGAUCAGAUUAAGAAAUAUUGGAUAGUAAGAGUAGCUUGAUAUGUAGGCUCUUGAUACUGUUUUCUUUUGCUUAUAGAACUUUUUAUUGUAUUGUGGGGAUUAAAAUGUGUAUAUAUAUCUAUAUAUAAAUAUAUAGCAGCUGGAUGUAUUAUAAGAGAAAAAUUGCACUGUGGAAAUGGAAUGAAUGGAGUGAGUAGACAAUUUAUGAAAGAUGGUUGUAAUUGCUGUGACUGGGGAUGACAUUCCUUUUGGUGAAAGUACUGAUCUUUUGUGGGUACACUGUGCCCUGAGAAAGCUUCGCUUAAAGGGAGUGAAAAAAAACAAGCAAGGAAAAAGGGUACUCAAACGCGACCAAAGGGCGCGUUAGACAUCAGUUUUGUAGGGUAAAUCCUGGUGCUUUUUGUUGUUCCAACUUGAAAGUACUAUACAUGUUGUUCUGGUUGGAAUUCUUUUAAAAGAGUUUCAACACGUUUCUCUC